AUGGGAGCCAUGUCAAAGCGACAAAAGCUCGAGCUGCAACCGCCUGUACAGACAACUUUUCCGUUCUCGUCGCCCAUCACUGAGGAGAUAUCCAGUCCUUCGUGUUCAUCAGCGGAGGAUCGAGAGCUGGAACGGACACGCCCAUUCGAUUUCUUGGUCAAAGCAACCAGACAGAGAGUCGAGAAAUCUCAAAAAGAUGCUAGCAAGUCUCCAAAGUUGCCACAUCGUGACAAGUAUGCAGACAAUUCACGUUUGAGCAUUGGUGGGAUCAUAAAGAAGAGGCGCAGUCAAAAGCCCGUGGGACUCAACCUUGUAACGAGCUUUUCGACACCCGCUCAACAUACAUCCGAAAAUACGACAACUGCACCUUUAGUUGAUUUGAACGACCUGAAGCUAUUAUCCAAAGCCCGGGAGAAAGAACGAAUCGCUCAAAAGACCAAAGCCAACCCCACGAAGGGACAAUCGCGGCCUUUUUUACAGAUCACCGAUAGCCAUGGGUCGACCGAUGCUCAGAAUCGAAGCUUUCCUUCUCGGAAUCUCUUGGACCGGCGAUCCGACCAUGGACUAUCGCCUUCGGAUCGUCAGGUUAUGAUUGGACUCACUCUUGUGAAGAAGCACCAUGGUCAUCAACGCCUAGCCCAGAAGCCCUACGCCCACGAGCGACGUCAAGUAUUUACUCACAGCCUACCCCCCGACUUGGAUGGGAGGAUUCUGAUAUCCCCCCCGGUGCCGGCGAUCCCAGAGGAGAAUGCUUUGGCAAAGAAAACUGCGGACCCGGAGUUCCUUCGUGCUCACCUUGCUGCGAUGGCCCGGAAAAACCAGUCGUUCGAAGCAGCCCUUUCCACUGAAAGCCCAGACCGUGAUCACUUCCCGACAGGAACAUCCGACAGUCCCCAGACCCCGCGGACGCCCCUGGGUGCCACCAGCGACGCAAAUCGGCCCCAAUCUCAGGGCUGGUGGACUUACCUGUUAUCACCGCUGAUGACCGGCCGUUCGAGCAUGUGGUCCAGAAAGUCGCCCAUGAGCCCCAGCUUCCCAUCCGGGGUGCAGUCAACUGCACCGACAACCCAGGGUUCGACGAGACAAUGGUGGCAUAAAGAAACAUCCUGUUUCUCGCCAGAUACACCGGAAACCGCGGUCACUUUAGGGUGGGACGAUGAAAAGCAUGGCAUGGGACAGUCACGCUCGCUGGGAGGAGAUGACGAGGUGACAAUUGCUUCGAAGCGGCGAACAGUCAUCUCAACAAUGUUUCCUGAUGGUCCGAUUCGAGGGGAGGCUGCUGAGUACUAUCAGGCCUGUGCACAUGAACUAUUCAGCAGAAGGCCUUAUUUUGACUGCGAAAAUCAUAUCUGCUCCAUCACCCCCUCUGAGGUUGUCGCUGCGCGGCUUGCAGAGACGGGAGCCAACGGGGCCGUCGCUACAGAAGAUCGUGGCAUUGAUGUCGCGGAAGCCGAAGCUCAGACGGAAUCCAACGAAAAGGCCUUGCCAGGAGAAAGCCCUACUGAAGUCUCGCGAGGCCUCCUCGUCGAUGUCGAUCCUCCUGAGGAGGUUUCAAGCGUGGAAGAGCAUUCCAAAUACGACUCGCCGAGAGUCUCCACGGCCGGAGAUAACAAGGAAAAGAGUCUCCCAGAGCCUCCACAUGAGGAAUCAGCUAGGGAGAUGCCAUUCGAGCCUGUGCCUAUCCAUGAACCGCCUCCCCCAGCCCCGGAGCCAGCUCCUCCGGUUUUUUCAGAGCCUGCCCCUGCUCCGCUUGCUCCACUUGCUCCAAAUAUCACGAACAACAUCCACCAAGCGCCACCACCUGCCAUUGAGGUACCGCCUGCUCCGGCUCCGGUCAUUGUCGACAGGGAGGUUCCUCAUUAUAUUCCACCUUUCCAAUCAAAUAACCCAUUCCAACCCCCACCGUCAGAACAUAUGCAGCGCGAAGAAUCCGGAUAUCCUGUUCCUGCUCCUGUUCCGAUGCCUCAAGAGCCACCAAGAGAGUGGUAUACCCCUGUACCUGUUCCGAUGCCUCACGAACCACCGAGGGAGUGGUAUACUGCUCCUCCUGUCUCUCAUGACCCGCCACAAGAAGCGGAUAUCACAAAAAUGCCGUUGGACAGAGAAGCUCCCGCACUUGGAUUGCAAACACAAGAAGAGCACAUGGGACCAGACGGGCAACGAGGUCUGCGGGAGGCAUCGCCUAUGACACCUGGAUUCCAACGAGCAGCAGGGGGCGCGGGUGCCAUUCCACUAUCUGAAGUCAAUGCGCCUGCGCCUACGUAUGCACAGCACCAUAGAGAUGUGCCACUACCUCAACGGUAUGACUAUCAUACCAACUAUAACACCCCAGAGCCAAUGUCAAAUCCCCUGAAUCCAGCAGGGAUCAUCGGGCCAGCAGAGGCUCAAAGGCGAAGGUUGGAGCAAGAAGAUGCUAUUGGGAGAAAAUUUGGGGGCUUAUGGCGAGGACGAGGCCCAUUCAGCAACAAAGGCUGUUUUGGACGCCCUGGCCGAGAAGGCCGAAACCGUCGGCGAUGGUACUUUGUAAUCGGAGCCCUGUUCCUGAUCAUUGUGGUGAUUGCCAUUGCUUUGGCCACGACUUUGACCAGGAAAGGCGACUCAACUCCCGUUCAGUCAACAUGGGUCAACCUGACUGGGUACCCUGCAAUGCCGACCGGUAUUGCCACAAUCGCUGGGGCCGAGGCACAAACCGAAAACACGGCAUGUACGACAAUCCCCAAUGUGUGGAGCUGUGCUCUACCCAAGGGCGAUGCCCAGACCGACAACAAGCCCUACAGCGCGAACGAGCCUACUUUCCGAGUGGAGAUUCGCUUCCGCAACGGAACUUAUGGCAACAGCACUAAUGUAGUCAAGAGGGACGCGUGGACUGCUUCGCCAGCAGCUCCAAGUAAGGCGGAUCAGAUCUUCAUUGGGAACACAACAGAUAAUAACUCAGAGCCUUAUGACGGCGAAGAGACGCCUUUUUACAUGACUUUCAUGUCAUCCGCUCACGUUCCCUCUGGCAGCAUCUACAAGCGCAGCAACCACAGCACCAGCACAAACUCGUCAACAAGCAUUGUUCCCCCUCCGGAAGAGAACUCCGACGGCACUGUCGCCUCCGCUCUUAUGUACCCUUUGCCAACUUCUCAGCCAGUACGCCUAUACAACCGUGGUGCAAAUAACGAGCACUAUGGUUUCUAUACGUACUUUGACAAGUCGAUUUUCCUUGCCUCGACCGGCCCAGUGACUCAUAACCCCGCUCAAGGCGAUGAUCAAGAUCAGAACGGUGGGGCGAAUCAAGAUAGUGCUCACAUACGCUGUACAUGGUCGCAAACAAGGUUCCUGGUGCAAAUCUGGACGCAACCUUCGAAGAUGAAUUAUGCGCUGCUUCCCCAGGGUUCUAGCGGGAACAGCACCACUGGAACCGGCACUUCUUCGCAGGCGACAGCGACCUCAACGUCCUCGACCGCGACAUCCUCUUCGUCAGCAACGAACUAUAUCCGGCCAGGCUCGUUCCCGUAUCCGGUGACCAUUACGGAGGACCGACAUGGCGGAGAUCCUGGCAAGAAGAAUUUCUAUUGCUAUGGCUUGGAGGAUGCCGGGCAGCAUUACAAUAUCUCACUUUCUAUGUUGGAGCCGGAGUUUCGGUUCCAAGGGGCACCCUGA